GCUCGAUCGGAGCUCCCGGCUUCAAAUUUUAAACCUAAAACAACUAGAGACAUUCUGGAGCCUUUUUGGGGACAAGAAGGUGCUAUGGAAGAGGCUGCAGCUCCCUUUAAAACUUGCGAGGCAGAUGGGGCCGAGGCAGGUGCCGAGGCAGCGGGGGAGGGUGUGUCUGGGCCGGGCCUCCCCGGGUUUGAGGUCUCUGGAGAGUCUGCAACUUUAGAUGUAAAUCCUCCCGACGUGCCUUCGGGCCUGGCCUCAUUCCCUGUGGCUCCUGGCCCAGCUCACCCCGGCACAGAGGCUGUGGGGCACGCCCAGGCCGCAGGGGGCGGGGCCAACCCCAACCCUCUUCCGGAACCGAACAGUGGCGCCUGGAGAAAGCAAAUCGUCUGCAGCAUUGUUCAUUUCAACGUGGUCACCCAAAUCGUUAACAAGGAGUGGUAGUCUGAUUCUCUGAGGAAGCAGACACCAAGACAGUGUAUGCAAUAAUUUUAUUUGGGAGUGUUUACAUGAGAGAAAAUGUUCAGGAAGGCUUGGAAACACUGCAAACCACAAGACAAAUCUGACAUGAGUGAAGAAUAAAUAUAUAAGGAAAGCAAGAUUGAAGCAUCCUGGACGUAUGCAUUGUGAUGGAAGUUCAGCAAGGCCAUCCAUGUAUUGCUAAGCCAUGAUAUCCUUUUAUUGGAGUCCUCCAUCUGUCAUAAAUAGGCCUAGUCAGACUCAGUCAUAGCUGGGAACAGGCCAUGAGAAAUAUGACUACGGCACAAAUAUCAAAGAUUUUAGAUCACUGUAGCUAGUGCCCUUGGUGAAUUAAACUUCUUGUAGAUGAUAUGACCAUCUAAUGAACCAGAAAGUCUUAAAUGUUCCACCUGUGCUGCUAUUCACGGUGAUAUUAUGGAGGCUGAGAAAUUCCAUGAUCUUCUGUCUAAAAACUGAAGACCCACAAGCUUGUUGGUAUAGUUCCAGUCCAAGUGCAAGGGAUGGAGAACCAGGAAAACCAAUGAUACCAGUUGCAGUCUGAUGUCCCCGUAUGAAUACAGGCAGGGAAAGAAUAUUAUCUUUUACCUUGCCUUUCUUCUAAUAAGACUUCUCUCAGCUGGAUCCAAUAAGGCCUGCACCUAUUUGGGAUGGGCAAUCUGUUUUACUUUGUUGACACAUCAAAUAUUAAUCUCUUCAAGAA